AGGUAUUUUUGUACCUCGGCGGAACGAAAUGGAAUCCAAGUUUCAACUCCGAGAGAGCUUCAACCUAUCGCUUCAGCAGAUGGAUUGCUAACAUAACUACGACGAGUAUUCCGUUCCAUCCUUCCCUUUGAGUCUUGAGGUGCCCCGCUUUGAACACGAUUUCUUGCCGAAUGGCUUUUUAUCAUUUUAUGCGCACAAGCCAAGCCGGGCAGUGUUUCCUGGCAAUGGCGGACACGCAACACCUUCUUUCUUAUCGCAUAACUGGGCUUGGCAGGGAAAAGGAUAUUUCACCCCGGAUAACAACCCAAUCGCCAUAUUCCAUCAAUACCCUACGCCCGUAGGCCAUGGAGAGAAAGGGAACCGGUUGUGCCUUGUCGUUCACGAACGCGGGCGUCAUCAACACAGACUGCCAGCCACGUAACGUCGUUGUGCAGCGGGAAAGCUUGCGGCCUCUUCAUAUUGAUUUUGGGCAUUGCCUCUUUGCUGAGGAUAUGGGCUGGCAAGAGUUUGGGGAGACCAAAGUCCGGUUGGGCAACCAGGGCGCGAUUGGAAGUACCAUGGUAGGGAAGUUGCGAAGAGCAGGCGUCGAUGUGCCUGGUGUUCGAUAUACGAACCGCGACUGGGGGUUGCUGGGUAGCAUCCUGAGCCGGUUUUGCCUCGCUUUAACUCAUCCUUGGGCGAGGUUUGGGUAUGGUGUUGGUGUUGGCGUGCUUGCCUGGGUAGUGGUUCGUGGCAUUUCGGCCUUCCGUGCCUGGUUUUAACCCGAACGUACUCAGUUGAGUCGUAAUCACCCCUGGUUGGAAGACAGUAAAGAACUCGAUCACUAACGGUUCAAUUACAAACUACUACCAAAUGCCGGUUACCGACAGUCACCAAUAGGAAUAACACGAGAGUUAAAUCUAAAAC